AUGUUCAGAAAACAAAAUUUAUAUGUUUAAAUGAAUUUUAAUCAAAUUAUACGUUCAAGAUCAAAAUCACCUGUUCGCUAAAUUCCAAGAACCUGUCAUGUAUCAUAUUUCAAAGUUAAAGAAUAAAGACGAAAUCAUUUUAAAAAAGAAUAUUUCUUUUAAUUAGAAGCAACUUUUCAUAAAAUAAGAUAGUAAUUACUAAAAUUCGCAUUAACACAAAUUCAUCAAAAACUUGAAAUUGAAACUUAGAAAAUGAAGAUUAUUCAAGAACAUAACAACUAGAAAAUAUUAAUGAAAGCAUUAUCUAAAUGGAGUAGAUAAUACAAAUAUAAUAAAAUGAGUUAGUCGUUAAUUUCUUCUCCUACUUUUAGCAACAAUUUUAAAUCACCAAAAUAUUCUGUAAGUGAAUUUAAAACAUCUUCUACUGUAAAAAAAUAACCAACUUUAACAACUAAAAAAGUAUGGAAUGCUUUGAUGAAAAUUCAUAGAAAUAAUUAAAGACUUAUAUUUACCUUAUAUAAAAUAUUUUAGAUCUAGAAAAUAAAAAAGAAAAAAACUUUGUAUAAAUGGUAUAAGAGAACUUACAAAAGAUUAUUAUUAAAUCAAAAAUUAUUCAAAUUGGUGUAAAUAUUCAAUAAAUAAAUUACAAAAUAUCUGAAAGCAAUAUGA